AUGAAGCUCGUCAGAUUCUUGAUGAAGCUCAACAACGAGACGGUCACGAUCGAGCUGAAAAAUGGGUCGGCCGUACAGGGGACCAUCACCUCCGUCGACCCGCAAAUGAACACCCACCUCAAAUCCGUCAAGCUCACCCCCCGCGCCCACCCCGGACCCCCUCUAUCCCUAGACUCAAUAGCCAUCCGAGGCAACAAUAUCCGGUACUUUAUCCUUCCCGACUCUCUCCCACUCGACACACUACUGGUGGACGACGCGCCGAGGGCGAAGAAGCGGAAAGAGGGGGCGGCGCCAAGGGGUGCAAGGGGAGGAAGGGGGGCACCGAGGGGCGGACCAGGAGGGAGGGGAGGUGGAAGGGGAGGGCCACCAAGGGGGAGAGGAAGGGGGUUCUAG